UCAUUUUUUUUUUGACUGUGGGAUCCUUUUCCUUGCCUCUAACUUUCUGCAUUGAUUCAGUUCACGGGAAAACAAAAAGAAGAAAAAAAACCCGACAAACUGAGGUUCUUUUAACGUGGUAGGUGAAACAGCAACUGACUUAAAAAGAUUACAGUAGAACGUCCCCCUCGUGAAGCUUCAGGAUGUUCUCCCUCACUGCUGGGUAUCUCUUGCUGGGCUCAGCCUUGCUGCUCAUGCCUGAACUCUGUCGAGGCGGCUGUACCGUACAAGACGGUAAACCUGGACUGGAGGGCAUUUCUGGGAGAGACGGCCUACCUGGGGAAAAGGGAGAGAAAGGGGAUGCAGCUCCAUUAAUGGAAUCUACGAAGGGCAUGAAAGGGGAGAGCGGACAUAAGGGGUUUCCCGGCGAGAUGGGGGGGAAAGGCUACAGCGGGGCGGUGGGACAGGCAGGCCUGCCUGGCCCCCCCGGCCCCAAAGGCUCUCUAGGUGACAGUACUGGCUCAUUAAAACAAUCUGCAUUCUCUGUCUACGAGCCGCAAAACCCAGAAUACGGGAAGCCUGUUAAAUUCACCCGUAACUCUGUAAACAUCAACGAUGAUUUUAAUCAUCAAACGGGAAAAUUCACCUGCCGGGUGCCGGGGGUGUACUAUUUUGUUUUCCACUCUAUGAGCGAGAAGAACCUGUGCUUAUCACUCAAGAGUGAUGCCUUGAAAGAAGAAAACUUUGGCUUUUGUGACUAUUGUGACGCCUCCAAGAAUGAGAAGCACGUGCUGUCGGGAGGAGUGGUGCUGCAGCUCGACAAAGAUGAGAAGGUGUGGAUGGAGGUCUUCAGAGAGGAAAACACUCAACCUUCUGUAGAGUCUAUUGUCUUCAAUGGCUUCCUGAUUUUCCAAAGUGACAAAAAAAAACAUAGUUAAAUUUACAUAUCAUCACAACAUAUAAUAUUUUUGUCAUCUGUCUCAAUCUACACAAAUGACAUCAACAUAAUGCUUAAGAGCUGAAAACUUUGUUCUAAAAUUUUGCAUUCUGAAAUACUCCUGUCUGACAUUUUGUUCUUGUGCCAUGUACCAGACUAUUCUUGCAGUUUAUUCACAAUAAAAGAUUGUUUUCAUAAAAAUGUU